UUCAUCCAGUUCAUACGCAGCUGUCUUACUAACCAUAAUAUCCUCUUUCGAACAUCACUACAAGCACUCAACAAUUUAUUACAAAAUUUCCAAAUUGUAAUUAAGCAAUCGGUUUUCUUCUUCUCCAAACAAGCCGAGUAACUCUUCCGCCCCACCGAUUAUAUGCUUCUCCCAACGCCCUAGAUCCCACCAUUCCCCAUGGCCUCCACCGCAUCACCUCCACUCCAUCUCUCCCUCUUCAUCUUCAUAACCUUCAUCUCCGUCGCCUUCUCCGACGAUGCCGCCGUCAUGUCCAAGCUCCUCGCCGCCCUCUCUCCGCCUCCUUCCGGCUGGUCCGCCUCCGCGCCCUUCUGCACUUGGACUAACGUGAACUGCGACAAGGCUACCGGCAACGUCGUCUCCAUUAACCUCGACUCUAAGUCCGUCUCCGGCACCCUCCCUUCCGAUAUCACCCGUCUUUCCAGUCUUCAAACUCUUUCCGUCCAGAAAAACUCCCUCGCCGGAGAGUUGCCGUCGUUCGCUAAUAUGUCUAACCUCCAGCAGCUCUACCUGGACAACAAUCAGUUCAGCUCAGUCCCCCAAGAUUUCCUCUUAGGUCUACCCAAGUUGCAGACAUUCAGCAUUUCCGAAAACGGAAAUCUCGGCCCUUGGCAAAUCCCUACUUACUUGACCGCAAGCACGAAUUUGAACUCUUUCUAUGCUAGUAAUGCAAGUAUCUUCGGUUCUAUUCCCGAUUUCUUCGAUUCCUUCCCGAAUCUCCAGAACUUCAGAUUAUCUUACAAUAAUUUCACCGGGUCGCUUCCUAGAUCGUUAGCCAACUCGGAGAUCCAAAAUCUAUGGCUGAAUAACCAGAAGCAAGGCCUUACUGGGACUAUCGACGUGCUUUCCUCCAUGACUCAGCUCUCCCAAGUAUGGCUUCACGCCAAUGCCUUUUCCGGCCCCAUUCCUGACCUUUCCAAAUGCACAAAUCUGUUUGAUUUGCAGCUCAGGGAUAACCAGUUCACCGGGGUUAUUCCGGAUUCUUUGAUGUCUCUUCCCAAUUUACAGAACAUUACUCUCCAGAACAACAAAUUACAAGGCCCUAAGCCUCAGUUUAGAGAUGGGGUUUCGGCCACUCUUGGCCCUAUAAACAGCUUCUGUAAGGACACCCCUGGUCCGUGUGAUCCGCAGGUCACUACCCUACUUGCUGUGGCCGGCGGUCUAGGGUAUCCGAUCUCCCUUGCCGAUUCUUGGGAAGGGAAUGAUGCUUGUAAUCAAUGGACAUUCGUUAAUUGUGAUCCACAGCAGCAGAAUGUGAUUACUGUAAAUCUUGGAAGGCAGCAUUUUCCAGGUACUAUUUCGCCUGCCUUUGCCAACUUGACUGCUCUGAGGAAUUUGUAUUUGAAUGAUAAUAACCUUACUGGUUCCAUUCCGGAGAGCUUGACUACUUUGCCUAAGCUUCAAGUCCUUGAUGUGACUAACAACAACUUGUCUGGGCCUAUACCUGUAUUUCCAUCUUCUGUGAAGUUUAGUUAUGGUGGUAACUUAUUGCUUGGGAAGAAUGGGACUAGUGGGGGUGGGGGUGGUGGAUCACCCGGGGGGUCGAAUUCGAGGGAACCUAGUGGGAGUCCUUCUCACGGGUCAAGUGGAUCCUCGGUUUCACCGGGUAUGAUUGCAGGUGUGGUUAUAGCUGUGAUUAUUUUUGUUCUAGUUGUGUUGUUCGUGUCUUACAAGUGCUACAUGAAGCGGCGCCAUAAGAGGUUUGGGAGGGUUGAGAGCCCUGAGAAGAGCAACCAGAUGGUUAAGACUAGUGUGGUGGGGGGUGUGACCGGUGUUAGUGGAUAUGCUGGAGUCCCAAACGAGUUGCAGAGCCAGAGCAGUGGUGAUCACAGUGAGAUCCCGGUUUUUGAAGGUGGGAAUGUUACUAUUUCAAUUCAAGUUCUUCGACAAGUGACCAACAAUUUCAGCGAGGAUAAUGUGUUGGGAAGAGGAGGAUUUGGUGUUGUUUACAAGGGUGAAUUACACGAUGGCACUAAGAUUGCUGUGAAAAGGAUGGAAGGCGGGGCGAUGGGCACGAAAGGAAUGAAAGAGUUCCAAGCAGAAAUUGCAGUCCUUACUAAAGUUAGGCACCGGCAUUUAGUUGCCCUCCUUGGUUAUUGUAUUAAUGGCAACGAGAGGCUUUUGGUGUAUGAGUAUAUGCCACAGGGCACUUUAAGCCAACAUCUAUUCGAAUGGCAGGAGCACGGCUUCCAACCUCUGACUUGGACGCAAAGGGUAACAAUAGCAUUGGACGUGGCAAGGGGAGUGGAAUAUCUGCAUAGCUUGGCACAACAAAGUUUCAUACACAGAGAUCUAAAACCCUCUAAUAUUCUGCUUGGUGAUGACAUGAGAGCGAAAGUUGCAGAUUUUGGGUUGGUAAAAAAUGCACCUGACGGGAAAUAUUCAGUGGAGACACGACUGGCUGGAACAUUUGGGUAUCUUGCACCCGAAUAUGCUGCUACUGGACGAGUCACAACAAAAGUGGAUGUUUAUGCAUUUGGAGUUGUCUUAAUGGAGAUAAUCACGGGUAGAAAAGCACUUGAUGAGACCAUGCCAGAUGAAAGGUCGCACCUUGUCACGUGGUUUCGCAGGGUCCUUAUCAACAAAGACAAUCUCCGAAAGGCUAUUGACCCGAACCUUGACCCUGAUGAUGAAACUUACGAGAGCAUCUCUAAGGUGGCUGAGUUGGCUGGUCACUGCACUGCACGUGAGCCGUUUCAGAGACCUGAAAUGGGCCAUGCUGUCAAUGUCCUUGGUCCGCUGGUUGAACAGUGGAAGCCUUCUAGACCUGAAGAAGAUGAAAGCUACGGUAUUGAUCUCCAUAUGAGCCUCCCUCAAGCCCUUCAAAGAUGGCAAGCGGAUGAAGGAACUUCCAGAAUGUUCGAUGAUUUCUCAUACAGUCAAUCACAGUCGAGCAUUCCCUCAAAACCAUCCGGAUUCGCAGAUUCUUUUAACUCGACAGAUUGUAGGUGAAACAAAUCAAUCCCAAGUUACAUUCAAAGGGAAGAAGCACUACAAUCAUGAUUGAAUCAAGAAGUCAAAGAAGCCCCUGAAUGGUUUGCUUCAUUUUGCAUCGCCAAGAGUAUGUUCAUUUGGCACAUCCUAUGUCAACAUAUUCAUGACUUUAAUCUUUUUCUUGCCAUCCCCAGUUUGAACCGAAGCGAAUUAUUAGAAGUCCUGGGGGUUUUGUCUGAUUCACUAUCGUCGCAGAUUGCUCGAGGGAUGAUGUUGUGAGAAACAGGAAAGGACUUCCAGUUUUGCUUUUCUUUCUGAGGAAACAGAAACAUGUACCAAAUUCUUUUUCACCUAAAACACUCUAUGUAAAUAUAUUUUGAAUUCUUGAGCUAAAACUGCAAUGUUUCUCCUCCUUA